ACAAACAAUAACCAAAACUUCAAAUAUCGUAAUAAAAGUUAAUUUCCCCCGAUUAUUUCUCAAACGAGCCGCGAAAAUAAAAGCUUAGAGGUUUCAUGGUGGCCAUAGGUAUUUAAUGAAGCUGGUGCAUCAAGAAGAACAAUGACAGAUAUGGCAAAAGUUUCGGCCAAACUUGAGGACGUUAGUGUCCUGAAAGACAAGAAAAAAGAAGAGGCUACAAAUAGUGAAAGAAAGAGAGGGAAUUAUCUAUAUCUUAAAGAACAUUUUAAAGUAACUUCUUUUAUCAUGGAGUCUGGCUGUAAGCUCAGACUGUCGGCAGUAACAGUGUCAACAGCAUGUGUCUUGUACCAUCGUUUCUGGAUAGAAUCUGUAUCAUUAUGCAAAAAAGAGGACUUUGAUGCUGAGUCGAUUGGAACUGCAGUUCUAUUUUUGGCAUCUAAAGCAGAAGAAUCUCCACGUAAAUUAAGAGAUGUUAUCAAUGUCUGUUAUAAGACCACUCACAAGAAUGUACCAUUUCUCGAGGUUGGCAACAGGUACUGGGAGUUAAGAGACAGCAUAGUCAACUGCGAGUUAUUGGUGCUUAGAGUCUUAGCGUUUAAAGUGGAUACUGACAAGCCGCACAAGUACCUUCUUCAUUACCUCAAAUCUUUACAAGAUUGGGUUGAACCGGACGCUUGGCGCUUAAGCCAAGUAACCCAAUUAAGCUGGUCUAUACUCCGAGACAGCUACCAUAUUCCUAUCAUUCUUAAAUAUCCACCAUCACAUGUAGCUAUUGCUGUGAUUUACUUUGCUAUACUAUGUACUGGAAUGCAAGUCCCUUCACAUGAAGCACAGAAGACUUGGUGGAAGGCAAUGUGUGACACAGCCACUGAGAAAGAGCUUCAAGACAUAACAGAGGAUAUCAUGGACUUGUAUGAUUUUGAGAGCAAGCCGUUAUGACAGUACCUUAACAUUUAGGGCAAGGACAUACUAGAAACUAAAGCAUUUGAAAUAACAGGUAGGAUGCUCGCGCUAAACCCGUGAAACUAAUACUAAUUUUAGCACUAAAUAGUGAUAACUAAUCAAUAGAAAACAAAGGAUUCUGUAUAAAAUAGUACUAAUUAGUACUAAUUAUUGUGCACGGGUUUAGUGCGUGUACUCUAUCACAGAUGUUACUGUUUUUACUGUAUCCUUUAAUAUUCUGCGAAUUCCAACAUUUCAACAGCUCAUCAUGAAAUUGGUUUUUCACUGCUGCCAGUCAAGAACAUAAAAGGUACAUGUACUGUCUAUUUUUGAUUGAUGUCAGCUAAAAAUCAAAUUUCAGUGUACAGCUCACACCUAUCAAGUUCACAGAAUAUCGAUAACUGCGCUAAAUACUUUCAAAUUGUGUUCAUUUGUAUUAUUUCUCACGGUCCCAUGUUGCAUCUCUUUUUCCAAAUAAGAUUCUUUAUUUUUGAACUAGUUUUCUCUCUACUCAAGGGAAUGACAUGUAGUCUUACUGCGGUUUUCCCUAUUCUGCGAACUCCGUAGUUACAAGUUGCACGCUGCCGUCAGUCAAAUAUGAGUCGGUACCUUUUAUGUUCUUGACUGGCGGCAGUGAAAAGCCCAUUUCACAACAAGCCCUUGGAAUGUUCUCAGAAUAUGGAAAACUGCAUGUUGCAAAGGUAUAACCUUGGUAAUGAAUACUGGUAUCCAAGGGGCUCUCUGAUCCUGUACAAAAUUAAGGGGCAUAAAAAGGGGAAAGGGAGUAUUUCUGAGUAUCUUUUAUUUAUAAAAUCAAAAAAUUAUACAAAUUUAGUCCAUUAAAAAUUAUUUUAUUUUAUUUCUUUGUCAUAUAAGUACCAGAAGCCAAAGUUUAUACAAUUUUCUAGAUAUCUUUGUGUGUCUAAAACAUAGUGAAAACACUAAAAGCUUGAACAAUCACCAACCAAUGUGAUGAAUCCUCACAGAGAGAAAGAUAGUCCACCUUAUCUUAAAGCUUUUCUAUAAAUAUUUAUUUGCAAUGAAGCAAAACAGACUGUCAUUUUAUACACUAGAGUGUAGCGAUAUAUAUUUUCGUAUUCAUUUAUCUAGUAGACAAUAACAUAUUUUGUUUCAGAUUGUUAACUUGAACAAUAAAUCUAUUUUUAUCAAAAUUGGAUAUUGAAGAUCAAGGAUAUUGCCUGCAACAUAUUGCACCACUGUUGUCCAAUACUUACAGUUAAACUAAUUAAAUGCUAUAGACUGCAAAA